CUGUCGUCUGGGCUGUGUUGACUCGGUCCUCUUUGGAUGCUUUGGAAGAGCUGGUGGACAGCUGAGAGCUGCUAUAGCUAUCAGCAGAGCUCUGCUGUUUUGUACCUGGGACCUUACUGUGCCUGCUGAUAUCUGGCAACAGUUUUGGAUGGAGCAGUCGUGAUUCAUACCGAUUCCUUGUGCUGAUUCACUCUUAAAUACCAAAGGCUGAUCUGAUCCUGGUCAAUGUAUAUAGCACUUACCUCAACUCCAACAGAAAUGAAUGCCAACAGUAUGCCUAAACAAGUCGAGGUGAGGAUGCACGAGAGUCACCUGGAGCCCAUCGAGGCCAGGCCUCAGAACAAAUGUGCCAAAAUGUGCUCCAAGCUGUUCAAGAACCUUCUGCUCACACUCACCGUUCUCGGUGUGAUCUUGGGAGCGGUAUCAGGGAUGAUGCUUCGUAUCGCCUCCCCGAUCCACCCAGACAUUGUCAUGGUGAUUGCUUUUCCCGGAGACAUCCUGAUGAGGAUGCUGAAGAUGUUGAUCCUGCCCCUCAUCAUCUCCAGUUUAAUCACAGGUCUGGCCGGUUUGGAUGCCAAAUCCAGUGGUCGCCUGGGCACCAGAGCUAUGGUCUACUACAUGUCCACCACUAUUAUUGCUGCUGUCCUGGGAGUCAUCCUGGUGUUACUCAUCCACCCCGGCAACCCCAAACUGAAGGAGAAUCUGGGCGAGGGAGAGAAAAACGACGACGUGUCCAGCUUGGAUGCUUUCUUUGAUCUGAUCAGGAACCUGUUCCCAGAAAACUUGGUGCAGGCUUGUUUCCAACAGAUCCAGACCGUCACAACGAAAGUAGAGGUGGCUAUGGAGGACGAUGUCAAUGCCACCGUCAUGGAGGGCCUGGUGGCUAACAUUACCAAGGACCCUCAGUUCAUCGUCAAAAAGACCCUGCAGUUCAAAAGUGGAAUGAAUGUUCUGGGUCUGAUUGGUUUCUUUAUUGCAUUUGGCAUCUGCAUGGGCAAGAUGGGAGAGAAGGCCAAACUCAUGCUUGACUUCUUCAGCAUCCUCAAUGAGAUUGUGAUGAAACUUGUCAUCUUGAUCAUGUGGUACUCUCCCUUCGGUAUUGCCUGUCUCAUCUGUGGUAAGAUCAUCUCCAUCAAAGACCUGGAGGUGGUGGGCAGGCAGCUGGGCAUGUACAUGGUGACUGUGAUUAUUGGCCUCCUAAUCCACGGAGUAAUCUUCCUGCCCAGCAUCUACUUUUGUAUUGUCAGGAAAAAUCCCUUCACCUUCUUCCUGGGCAUCUUCCAGGCCUGGAUCACUGCCCUGGGGACAGCCUCCAGUGCUGGUACACUGCCUGUCACCUUCCGCUGUCUGGAGGAGAACUUAGGUAUUGACAAAAGAGUCACUCGUUUUGUGCUCCCAGUCGGCGCCACCAUCAACAUGGAUGGAACUGCUCUGUACGAGGCAGUUGCAGCCAUCUUCAUUGCCCAGAUGAACGGCAUCCACCUUGAUCCGGGUCAGAUUGUCACCGUCAGUCUGACAGCCACCCUGGCCAGUGUUGGAGCGGCCAGUAUUCCCAGUGCUGGCCUGGUGACUAUGCUCUUGAUCCUGACCGCUGUCGGCCUGCCAACCCAAGACAUCAGUCUGCUGGUUGCUGUUGACUGGCUGCUGGAUCGAUUCAGGACCUCAGUGAACGUGGUGGGUGACUCCUACGGUGCAGGCAUCGUGUACCACCUGUCCAAGGCUGAGCUCGACGAGCUGGACGCGCAUCAGGCCAAAUCCGACGACAUCGAAAUGAUGACAAAGACCCAGUCUUAUUACGACGACAUGAAGAACCACCACGAAAACAAUUCCAACCAGUAACCUCAGCCACUAACGGCUCUGCUGCGGAGUGCACGCUUGUUGAGGAGGGACCAUGGAAACAUGAAUAAUGGCAGCACAGAGAUCCCCUGCUCCUGGGCUCCACAAGCUUUCCUAUCUGGUGAUAAAAAAGAAAAAAAAAGUCACAUGAACAGAACUACUAAUUGUCUUUUCUAUGUAGUUUAGUUUUCAUUUUUUUAUUAGUCCCUUUAAAGGUUUUUGUAACUGUCUAUCUGACUGAUAUAUAAUACUAAUUCACUUAACCGUGAAAUGAUAACAGAGGUACACUUUACCUGUUAGAGCACAAUUAUGUCCGUAUAGCAGAUACUUGCACAACAUACUUCAAGGCUUGGGGAGGGAAGGAAGAGAAAAAGUUAGAUAGAUAUUCCUAGCAAUACAUCCUGGUUCUAUACAUUUAUGAGGGAAGUUAUAAAGAUGAGAGAAGAAGUGGUGGAAGUAGUCAUGACAACCAGCGUUUGUACUGAACUUCCUUGCUUUGCAUCCCUGUCAGUACCAUCAAAAUGUGUGCGUAAGGCUGCCGCUUUUCCUCAUCAGCUCAGUCUCUCAUCUAAGAACAUCACUUUUGAUUCUCAGAGACGUUAAAGUACAUCUGCCCAAUAUUACCCACUAUCCCUGAGGUCCAGCAAACUGAUGAAAGGGUAGGAGGCAGAGAGUAUAAACAGGAAAUCCACACUGAGCCUCAUAACCUAUACAAGCACAGUCACAAUGGAAUUAUAAAGCACAAAUCGUACCAUGGACAACACAUUUUAUCCCCCUUUUGUUUUCCUUUUUUCGUCUACCGUAAAGGAAAGGGACUUUAUUCUUUGUGUCACCUGUUGAGUGACAUAUUAAACUUGUUUGUGUGUCUGUGUGUGUGAUAGAGAGAGAGAGAGAGAGAGAGCUGGAGUUAAGAACAUGACCAAGUCAAUUAUAGGAACCAAACAGGCAGAAAAUCAAUUAACUCACAGAGGCCUUUGAACUGCCUCCAUGACAUCACUCACAACACAUUUUCUGACAUUUAUGUCCAUUUAUAACUGGCUGGCACAGCAGUUGAUGAAUUUUCUGAUGAAGCCUCACAGCUAAGAAAAUCACUGCCCUAAAUAUGAAACUUUAUACUUUCCCUCCCCCCCCCAAAAAAAAAAAAUUCUUUGUGAUGCCAAUGAAAUGAAAAGAUCAUGAGCGCCAAAAUGAUUAUUGUAAAAAACAAACAAUAAUAAAUAAUUGACGUAUCUGAAUAAUUUGAAGCACAAAAAAGAGAUUAUAUAGAGCACAAACAAAGCCAAUGAGGAUCAUUUUCAGUCAGCGGCAUAAUCAAAGUCAUGCACAACAUUGUUUCAUGUCGACACUGAUCGUAUUCCGAGUUUAAAUUUUGGAUUAUAAAAACAAAAUGAGGGACAGCGGAAGAUACUCAGGCGUGUAUGUUUACUCUUUUACAGGGAAAAAAAUGUUGUAAUCCCAAAAUGUUUACUUGCUCACUAGAGCUUCAAAACAUUGACCUCUUAACAGCACAACUUUUGCAAGCGUUGACUCUGAAAAUGGUGACAGUUUACUGCACAGGUCUUUUCUUGAAAGACAGUAAUUUAAAUAUAUGAUAAUAAGCUGUGAAGGGAAGUUUUCUAGCACAUACAGGAAGCACACACACACAUACUUCAGACAGCAUUCCAGUGGUUGAAUGAUCCUCGACCUGCGUACUCUCUGAAAGCACAGACAUGGUUAUUACUGACACACAACAUGAACCACCAGAACAUUUUUUAAAAAAGAAGCGGAGGAAGAAGUAUAGUGCAGCACUUGGCUGUCAGUCUUGGCUUGCACAAACAGAGACAGAUCAUUGAUAUAACACUCUUCCGGGAGGCAUGCCAGCUUCUUGUUUAGCCAGACCUAAAAAGGUAAACAACAAUAUAUAUUUAGCCACCAGCGCUCAAGACUGUUUCUACAAACCCUAGAUGCUGCAGCUGUGUGUCCAUAUGGGUGCAAAGACGUUUUUUUAGGAAACUCAGAAUAGAACAAUGGACACUUCACAUGCAUUAUGCCAGAAUGUCGCCAACUAUCAGGUAAUAUAUUCCUCUCAUAGAACCAAAUGGCUUAAAAAGAAAACAACGUUGGACUAUACUGGCUGUUAAUCUUUUUUUUUUUUUAGCCUGCAUGAAUGAGAGGUGAGACAUCUGUGAUGUGGCUGUGGAUUUGAUUUCUUUAUCAGUAUUGUGUCCUUCUCUCUCGUCUUGUUUCUUUUCUUUUGUGCUUAAUGACAACCUUGCCUUGAAGAUGUUCACUUCAAAAGCACACAACAACAAACGCCAAUUAAAGCAACACUAGGAAACUUAACAAAACACUUAGCGCAGCACUCUGUCCUUUAGCUCCUGAAACACACUCUCAGAAGAUGUCUUUCACUUUGCUUCUUUUUUUUUUAAGCUCGGCUGACAGAAGUGCGCUUUGAUACAACAGAGAGCGCGCUCAGUGUUCUGUCGUACACGCUGCACAAACUGACGCACAACACACACACAAAAACAAGCACACAUAUAAACACACUCUUAAACCUCGAAGGUUACUACAUUUAUAAUUGUAAUCAGCGAGCUGCAGAGCACAGCACUGACACCCUAACAGGCCCUUUGAGCCUGAUCGUUUGACCUUGUGAUCUUCAGGAAAGGAAAAAAAAACUCUCCAGUAAGGAGACCAUAGUGUCAUCGAUGGGGAUUGAGUGUUGGACCAAUAUUAUGUUCAAACUCACGGUUUUUAGAAGCAUGAAUAAAAUAAAAAUGAUGAUUAUUUUUUUGCACCACUAUCUUAAAAGCAUGAUAUUUUGAAGUGCCUCCUUGCACUUUGUGUAUAUAUUGUAGGUAACAGAUGUUUUUUUUUUCUUUGUUUGUUUUGUUCCUUUUGUUUUCUUUUGGGGGGCAUUGAAAUGGUAUAUAGGAAUAUAGUUUCAUUGCUGUGACAUUUUUAAUGUAAUCCUCUAGAAAAAAUAUAUCAUCUAUGUCCUGAGUAAAAUUAGAUUUUAGACAAAAUGUAUAGAGAGGAAAUUGUGUAAUAAAUUGCUUGUUUUUUUAUUCUCUAAUAGCUGUUAACUAGUUGUUUUACUUACCUGUCACACACCAAUAUAUAAAUAUCUUUCUUUUUUUUUUUUAAUCUAAUGUAAGCGUUUUGAAUGUUUGUUCCAUGAAGAUAUAAGCAGUGUGCAUUCAUUUUCAUUGUACAUAAAUAAAUAUAUAACUGUUCUGUUCAGUGGCGAUGCAGAAUUUUCCGGAAAUUACAGUGAUCCUGAAGCAAACGCUGUUUGCACGACGACGAGAAAGAAAGAGAGUGAGAAAGAGAUAGAGUAAGAGAGCGAGGGGAAGUUUUUUGUUUUUAAAAAAGGGGACCAACAUGAGAUAUAUUUUGGUGGGAAUUACUGUGAUAAAGGUUGCUGAGAGACCAAUAAAGGAAAAGGUCAAAUUUGCCCUGUACGUAGGAUAGAAUGAGGAAUCAAACACAGACUAGUAGUUGAUUUGAGAGAAAGAACAAACAACAUUAGAUGCCUGUUAUAGUAUUGAGCAACAGUCCUCAGGUGACUCAUCUGAACCAUUUUGUCUUUUCAAUGAAGGAAAACUGGCUUUAGUCUCAGGCAUGUUUGUUUACAUGGUGCAUGUGCAUUUAAAGCUGCAAGACAUGGAUAUCUAGAUCUUUUAGAGUCUGUGUUCACCUUGACUACAUACCACCACUACACACAUUUGACCUCUGACGUGCCAUCAACAUCAUGGAGGUUUAUAGAAAUCCCACUUGGUAAACUGCCUUUACUCCACUUGCCUUUUUUUUUGCUUUUUACACAGAAACUAUAUGCACGCACAAACACCUGGAACCUGCUGAGCUAAAUGGUACUGAUGAAAUGGAAAUUGAUUGACACAGUAUUUUCAAACAAAGAGCCAUUAUAUCUUCAAGCUUGUCCUUUUUUUACUGAAAUGUGUCUUUUUGAAGAAACUCCUAAACAGAGCUGAUAACCUGUCUCACUCCUGCCUACAAUGUGCUUUCCUGAUCUUACUUUUCUAGGCCUUCCCUCUUUGUAAAGCUGUUGUAAUUUUGAUGUAAAGGCGGAGCGUAUGUGUGGAGGAGAUACACUAUUGAGAAAAAAAAAGACAAAAAAAGACAUGAAUUCUUUCCUCGGCCUAUGGUAUACAUAAAAAAUCUGUUUCUACAUAUCAAUAAGUGUUGUACCUUUGGUGUACAUAUACAAAUAUAACUAAUAAAUGUUGAUUCAUAACUAAA